AUGACACAACCCCAUGAAGAACGCAGCGUUCGGAUUCCUCCAUCUCCCGUAGCGAGGGUGGUGGACAUUGUGAAGUACUUGGACGCCAAGGAGUGCUCGGUACGCGCGUCCAUGGUGGAAAAAUAUACAGCCGAGGACGUGGAGAAGGCAUUUAGCACGUUUUUCCCUCAAUUAGAAAAGGUUUUGGCUUUCCAGGGAGUGACAACUGCAGUUGAGGCACAGGACUUGAUAUUGUCGUUGGUGGCUGCCACGGUGGCCUACGAAUACAAUGAAGCGCCUAACCUCACAUUGGCCCUCUCUGAUAUCCCUUUUUCCCGCCUUUUAAAGGUGGCUCGUACCACUCAUCGUUUUUCUGUGUUGGAGGCACCUGGUAAGGUAAGGUUUGUCGUGUUUCCGGGAACGCACAACUACCGUACGUUCAAUGUGAAUCUGCGUUGGGGUCGGGUAAAGCGACAACAGUGGACAGGCCUUGUUGACGGACUCGUAGCUUCUGGCAUUGGUGGUGUUGACGAUGACCAUUACAUUCCCGUCCACGGGGGCGUUCGCUUGUUGUGGGAGUAUCGCGUUCACGAGGGCUUCUCCCGUGAGGCUGAUGAAAGUUUGUCACAGAUGGAACAACUCAUUCAUGAUGUCCGCCACAAUGGGUAUCGCUUGGUCUGUACAGGGCACUCACUGGGUGGGGCCGUUGCGCAACUAGUCACUUUUCGCAUGCUGUGUUCCCACACGGAAUUGAAGGACAAAUUGACGUGCAUCACUUUUGGCACACCUCUAGUGGGAAAUUAUCAACUUGCACAACGCGUGGAGAGGUGCGGAUGGCGGUCGAAAUUUCAUCACGUCGUCUACCGCUCUGAUGUGGUUCCGCGCUUGUCUUGUGCGGAUCAAAUAACCAAGGAUUUGGCGGAUCAGCUUGUGCAAGGGAUCGUAGCGUUUCAAAGCUCCGUACAGGGCUGGUUUGCAUCGCGUUCAAGCGGGGGUGAAGAACCCAAGGAUGUCGCAAAGGAAAUUGAUACUUGGAUAAAAGAAGGUAAGGACGCCGUAGAAGCUGAAGACAUACCCCCACCUACAAGUGGUCACCGCACCCACCGUAUGUACGCAUGUUUUGGUCGUUACCACUUCCUCAACCACGGUGGUGUUAACUAUUUCUCAACAGACGAUUCUGAAAUAGCGUUUCAUCGUUUGAAAGCGGGUUGCGGAGGUGUGACCAUUGUACGGGACCAUUCUCUCUCCGCCUACAACAGGGCUCUUAUGCUUCACCUCUAUAUUCCAUAA